UCACGCCCCUCGCCACUGUGUGAGUGGCCAGCUUUAUUCCAAUCUCUGACAAGCAUCGUCUACAUUGUCGCCGGCUUUGAACGCUGACGGAGAUAUUUCCGUUUUUUUCAUCUUUCAUCCACACGUUCAGCAAAGCCCAACAUCCAACAUUGGGGGGAAGGAUAAAAGUCCAGCGCUGGUCUCUCUCUCUCUGUUGUACUGGUGGUGGGGUUGAGACGCCCGCUCUGAUGUGCGGCCAACCACUCAUCUUAAACUGAAGGAUUUGCGCGUUUGCAGCCGGGCAACUUCACGGUGGAAACUUUUCCCAAGGAAGGAGGGAUUUUGUUUUUGGACCACAUCAUAUAUUCCCCGCCUAUGGAUCUGGAAACUAGCAGGAUCAUCAUGGUCCCGAUGGUCAGACUGGCCAAGGAGAACGAGCUGCUGUGGAACAAGUUCCACUCCGUGGGCACCGAGAUGAUAGUGACAGGGAGAGGAAGAUGUUUGUUCCCCCCCAUUGUCAUCACCAUACACGGUUUAGAUCCAGAAAAGCCAUACACACUGAUGGUGGAUAUGGAGUCAUGCAGUGAUCAACGCUACUCCUACACAGAGGAGAGGGGCUGGUGCCCGUCUGCUCCAGCUCGACAGCAGCAAUCAAGUGGAGUUUAUAUUCACUCCGAUACCCCAGCCCCUGCAGCUGAGUUGAUCGACAAGCCCAUAACUUUCAAGCUGCUCAAAAUCUGCACCUCAAAUGGAACCGACCACAAAGGAAUGAUUCCCCUGACUCCGAUGCACAAGUACAGACCCCGAAUUCAUUUGAUUCAGAAUGCUGAGCAAAUGAAGUCUAAACUUUGUUCAUGGACAUACUACUUUCCAGAAACAGAAUUUAUAGCUGUGGGUCACUACCAUAGCAAAAAGAUGAAGAUGAUGAAGAUAGAGUACAACCCUUAUGCCAAAGGUGCUCUACCACACAGCAGUAGAAGAAACAAGGUCAUGCCACCGAGGUUGGUCUUUAUAAAUCACAGCUGUUCUAAUACUGUUUGCAAUUGUUAUAAUAAUCAAGAUUUUGUUGUACUGAUAUGA